GCUUUUCAUAUCUUCGCCUCUCACUAUAUAUACUGUAUACUGUGCUAAAAAAAAUUAACAGAGGCAAUCGUUAUUCAAAGAUAACCUGUCAGGCUCGUGACAUUUCAGGUUUGCGUAACUUUUUUAAAAACUGCUGACCGCAUAACUCAGUCGAUUUGGUUACUCGCCGAGUAUUACUUGCGGGACGUUCUGUAGUGAAAUUUUUGGCGGAAAUGUUCAAAAAGCAAAAGAAGAAACCGAAACAAGAAACACAGACUGUUGAUAACAAGCUACAAAACCAACGUUCAUCAAACAUCGGCACUGAUUUGUCGUUUGAUGUCAUCGAAAAUAGAAGUGAUGGUGAAAUAACAGAUGCCGAUCAACCGGAUGGCUUUGAUUCUCAGGGGUUUGUCGAUUUGACUCCGGCAGAAAAUCGACCUGUAUUACUGGGACCCAAACAACUUUGUCAGGUAUUUAACUGAAUAGUUAAUAUUUUUUGCCAAACGACUUUUGCAUUUAUAUUCCACCCGUUUUAGAGAAAUUGUGUAACAUGUUUGAAACAAGUUCCGCGCACACAAACAAAAAAAUAUUGAGCAUAGCUUUGGUCAAAAUCUAUUUAUUUGAAACGAGCACGUUUGAACAAAACUUAUUCCUAGAAAUUUACUCUCAGUCUUACGUUCGCUCGCGAAUUUUUAAAAUCCUUUGGUUGAACUGGAUGAACCGUAAAGUUCAGCGGAAACGUGCAGUUUUUGAUGAUAUAGGUGAAGCUGUGAAAACAAAACAUUGAAAAACAAGAGACAAAACAUGUCCGUAGCAAGAAUCUUUAUUAAAAAGGUAAACGACGUUUUUGUACAAGUCUGCAGACUGUCUUAAGAGGUACUAGAUAUGUUAUUGAAUAAAGGACUUUUCCCAAGGUUUCAUCGUGCGUAAAAGCAAUAUUGGCUAUUAUUUCAAAGGUGUUAAUUUGCCACUUUCAGAACUUUCCUGAUAUCUUUUGUUAUGUUGAAAAACUCUUAAUUAGUAGCCCUUCUGCAGACAUCAAAGACGCUUUUUUUAGGAGUUUGUUUUUGUUUGUGAGUGUGGGUGCAUGUGUGUGUGCGUGUUUUUUUUCUUCCAGCACGUAUCAUUUAGUAGUCUGCACUUUGCAUAGUAUGGAAGGUGCGCGCACAGCAUCUUUUUCAAACGUUCAUCUUGCACACCAGAACCGCUGCAUUCACGUGCAGGAUCUCACCAGGCUCUGCCAUCUUUCACCUAUUUAUUCGUUGUUUAAUAAUCCAUAUUAGAUAUGUCUCUAAAUUGUAGUGAUGACUGUUUUCGGUCUUUUUAGACCUUAGCAAUACAAUAAUAUAUUACUGCUGUUUUUCUCUCUUUAUUCCAUAUUUUUGAUUAAUUCAUUUAUUCAGUAUGUUGGAACAUUUGCUGUGAGUCUGGGUACAGGAGGAGAGGGGACAAAAACACUAACAACACACAAGGAAAGAACAAGAUUUGUAAAAAAGAAACUCAAAGAAUAUCGGGUAAGUUGUAUAUCAUAGUUUAGGUUGUCAGGAUUGAGGGAUUAUAGAACCAUUUAUGUCAAGAAAUAACUUGAUGUUCUUAAUAUGCCUUUUUUUUUUAUACAGCUUUUACUGAAUGGACUUCUUUCAUCAGCUCUGAGGCAGCAUGACUUAAAAACCCUUUUGUGAUAUAAGUUUGCUGUAUUUGAAUUUAUGUAUAUAUGUUCUGCUUUAUCACAGACACAGACUACAGUAUUUAGAUUUUACCCCUUUGCAUCCUAACAUCAGUAUGUGUGUUUUCUAUACUAUUCUUUAUACAUUUUCUAAGGUGUUGAUAAGGAGAAUUUGUUUAACCCUUUAACUCCCAGAAGUGAUUAACAUAAAACUUCUCCCUACAAUAUCCAUUCUUCAGCAAACAGGUAAAGAGAAUAUUCAAAUUUAUCAGGUAGAAGCUGCUAUCUUGAUCUAGCAUCAAAUUCUUAUUGACUAAUUUACAAGGAAAUGUUUAGCAGCUACAGGGGAGAAUUAACAAUCAGAUCUUGAGAGUUAAAGGGUUAUCAAUCAAGAGCUUUAGGUUGUGAUCAUUUCCCUUUUUUUUUGUGACCUUAAUGUGCAAUUUACAGGUGAUAUACAAAGAAGACUUGAUGUUUAAAGGAUUAAGCCUUAUUACCCAAAAAAAACUGUUUUUAAUUACUAGACUGCCAGAGUCUGUAAGUCACAAACUUUCUCUGAGUGUUAAAAACUAAGAAACUGAGUGCACAUAACACAGGUUUUUUGAUCAAAGAAUAAUAAAGAAUAAUAAUACAACCCACAAUUGGAACAUCUUAAAAGAUGGAAUAUAAAAUAUAUAUGUACUUUUCAGCUGACUUAUGAUCCUGAAUUUGUUUUGAACUGGUGAAUCUACUGAUCUGCAAAGCUAUUCACCUCCUCUUAUGGAAAAAUGAAAAAAGUAAAUUUGUUUCAGUUGUAUCAAUUGUUCUGGCCUAAGUGUUUCAUAAAGGGGUGAGUUUCUAAAGAAACUGUGGUGCUGUGUUUUUGGAGGGUAGAAAAAGAUAAUUUGGUUUUAUCAACUGAGGUAUUAAUGUAAACUGGCCACCAUAAUGAGUUUCAAUGCUAAGUAUUUUAUAGGCAAGUGAAAGCAAAUAGAGAGUUGGUCUCUCCCCUAUGAAUAUAACAAGUUUUAGUUUACAUUUUAUAGCUUUAAAAUCUGAAACAUGGAGCUUGCAGUACAUGAUGUCAAAUGUUUUUAUCUUUAGAAUGCCCAGAAAGGUGUAGGUGUGGCUAUUCUCACCUCUACAGAUGGAAUCAAGGUCGUUUCUCCAGAUGGCAAGGUAGUAGAUUAACUUCUGGCUACUGUUCUUUUUAUUUUAGGAUCAUGUUUUAAAAAGUGUCAAGGGAUUUUGGAAAGAUUUAUUCUCAUUUCCUUUAUCCUGAUUUGAAAGGGGAGACUGUUUUACAAUUUGAUUGCUCAUCCCAAAACUGAAAAUCCAUCUUAUCAAUUUGAACAUAUCUUUCCUACAGGCCAUACCUGUUGGACUGACUUGUAUACUUUUGAUUUAACCCUGUAUCUCCCAGAUGGGUUAAACAUGUAACUUCUCUCAAUAGUAUCCAUACAUAAUCCAGUAAAUAGGUUAUGAGAAUAUUCAAACUUAUUGCACAGAAGUUGUUAUCUUGAUUUACCGUAUUUACCCGUGUAUAAUACACACUUUUUUCUAUAAAAAUAACCAUCAAAAUCGCGGUGCGUAUUAUACACGGUUUCUAUUGUUUUUCAAGCACAUCCUAAUUUGUAUCCGUUUAAAACACAAUAAAGAAAGUAACAAAAGCCUAGAAGUAAUUGGUCUUUAUUAGCUUGAGUUAAAUAAUCUACUGAUGAAACAUUUUUAAUUUCGAUCCACAAACACAACAAAGAAAGUAAUGAAAGCCUUGUAGUAAUUGGUCUUUAUUGGCUUGAGUUAAAUAAUCUACCAAUGAAACAUUUUCAAUUUAGAUCCAUAAAUAAAUUUAUUAGAGUAUUUAAGAAACAGCUUACGAGAUAAACAUUACAAUCAUACCGUAUUACUGUAAUCACAAGCAAUAAGAAAUCUGAAAUGGUAAUGAAACUUACCACUGCGAAACAUCAGUUGUAGGAAGAAUUAACAUUUUUUUUUGUGGUGAAAACUUUUUUCUAUGAAAAAUUUGGUCAAAAAUCGGGGUGCAUAUUAUACAUGGGCGCGUAUUAUACACAGGUAAAUACGGUAACACCAAAUUCUUGUCACUAAUUUGCAAGGAAAAGUGUAGCAGCAAGAGGGGAGAAUUAGUAAUCAGAUCCUGGGAGUUAAAAGGUUAAAGCAAUUUCCGUUCUUUCUUGUUUUCAUUUUACUAUGCCUUGAUGGAACAAGAGAGCUUGGGUCAUCCUCCCAACCAAUCAAUUUCAAAACUGAAACCAGGUGCAAUUUGAUCACUGCCAUUUUCUUAGUAUAUAUCAGGCAGUUUUUCUAGUAUUUUCUUUGAAUUCAUGUUGUUUCCUUGAAACAUUGUCCUCUGUUAUAACAGGCUAUUGUAACAGUUAUUACCUAUGGGUAUUGGUUAUAUAACAGCUAAUUAAAAAAGCAUUGUCCUUGACUGUUCUCUUUACCUCUUCUGAUGUGCCAUCGUUGGGAGGCACAACAAGAGUGAAAUUCAAUUGUCUCACCAAAGACCAAAAACAAUCACUCUCCCCAGAGCUCAAACCUCAAACUUUCCAUCCAAAUUCCAGUGUUAACCAUUUUACCUCUAUGUUUUCCUUAGUUCUUAUAUAAUAGUUUUUUAUUUCAAGAUGGUAAUACUUUGACUUUGACUGGUUGUUUUUUUGUUUGUUAGCGUGUUAGAAUGGCCCAUCCAUUACAAAGAAUCUCAUUUGCAACAUGUGAUCCAGAAUUUAGACUCUUUGCUUACAUGUCGCAUGACCCCUCCCCAGUGGGAACAGCAAUACACUGCCAUGUUUUCAUGACAAAGUACACAAGGCAGGUAUGUGAGAAUAACUUUUAAAAAGCAUUUUCUUAUAACAAUGCAAAAUUAUUGUUGCAUUUAUUCUACACUUUCAUCUUUCUGCACUUUUCUCAAAUGGGCAGCAAUUGUUGUAAGUUGUGCUCACAAGUGCAGCUGAUGUACAAGCAUUAAAUUUGAAGACCUGGGCAAAGGGUCAUGAUUGUUGAUGAUAGUCAAUAAUAUUUUAAACUUUCAUUCACUAUCACGUUUGCAUUCAAACAGUUCAUGAUAGUUGAUGAUAGGUGACAAAAUAUGCCAUGAGAUUGCAUAAUUGCAAACAACCAUCAGAUGACAUUUGAAAUUUUGGUCAAGAUGUUGCAAGUUGAAGAAUCACUAAAGCCUACCAGGAGAUAAUGAUAAUUUGAACUAUGCAGCAUUCUGCAAAAUGUUGGCAUCUAUUUUAGUCAUUUUAUCAUUUGCCAUUUUGCUUUGAGCCUGUUUUUGGCAAAACUGCUGACUGCAUUUCUAUCACCAAGUAUCAUUAGCUCAUUCAAAUGGAAAAAACUAUCAUAACUAUCAUGCCAAAUUUGUCCAAACUGCACAAUAAUUGAUGAUAGUGGAUGAUAGUGCAUUAUAAGUUGUGCUCAAACUCACAUGAUAGUUGAAACUUUCAUCAACCAUCUUGACUGUUUGAAAGACGCUUUACUUUCAAGCUUGUUCUUAGUCCUCCUGUUUUUUUUUAAUUCCCCUCUGAUAGGUUCAGAGUCUCACAGCUUUGGUUGGUAAAGCAUUUCAAGUAGCAUUUUCUGAAUCAAAGUUUCCGCAGGGAACAGAAAUUAAGCUGGAACCACUGAAGAAUGGCCCAGAUGGAAAAUCACCUCAAGGAAGGAAGUGGGUCGGUACACCCUUGCUAGGAUUUUGCUAUUAAGCUGCAUAGAUGAUUCGAGUUGAUAGUGGUUUCCAUGUCACAGAAUGUGAGGGGACAUCUUGAUGUGAAAGGUUUUCAGCCCUUUCACUUCCAAGAUCUCAUUAUAAUUAUUCUUCUUACUGUCUGCCAUCCAAUCAUGAUGUUAGUUUGGAGAAUUUGAUAUUGGAUCAACUAAUAAUCCCCUAGUUUAUAUUUUGUGUUGUUCUCAUCACUUUUCUGCUUGGUGUAGUAUUGAUAUUGUAAGGAGAAAUUCCAUGUUGGUCACUCAUGCAGGUUAAAGAGUUUAGGUGGUGGACCAUGACAUAGUGUGUGUGGUUGAUAGGGGAACUGACUACAUCUGUAAGGUGUUUAUUGCAGUGGGUUUGACUUUGAUUGUUACUGACAUGGUACAUGUGGGUCCUGGAGAACCUGGUAGUCCUGGAAUUUUAUUUUGACAUUUUCCAGGACUGGAAUGUACUGAUUCCAUAGCCUUUUUCAUCUUUUAGGCCAAGCUUGAGGCCCAACAGGGACAUGAGAAUUCUCAGCAUGCAAUGCUUGCAAAGUUAAAAAAGGAGCAAGAAAAAGCAGCGAACAGAAGUAGUUCGCCUAAUUCUUCUCCAAGGGAACAAGCCACACCUAAGGAAGAAGCAAAAGCGAUGGAGAAAGCCUCGCCAACACCGUCUAAACCAUCACCAAGGAUGGGAAGACGUAGGUCUUUUGGCAAAGCUCGUACCCCACCUGAAGUCCGCAGGUCGAAUAUUCCUCAAGGUAAUGGAGUAUUUGGGCAACACGAUAGAAAGGCUGACCCCCCCGAUGUAGUCAGCGAUGGAAGCCCUGUGGCGCAAAGGAAAAUCGAUGGAAGCCCUGUAGCACAAAGGAAAAUCGGUGGAAGCCCUGUAGCACAAAGGAAAAUCAGUGCUCCAGUUCAGGGAAACAAAAUUUACACGCCACCAUAUGAAGAACGUGCUGCAGCUCCGGUGAUUACCAGAGAACGUUCAAAUACUCCGCCACCAUCGCGGAGCGACGCAGUUUCAUCCAAACAGAAUGUUUCAAUGUUGCCAGUUGCUAAGGCUGCAUCUGACCCGAAUUUGUCAGCAGCAGAUCAUGAGCUGACAACGGGCAAUCGACACGAAUCCGUGUCUAAAAGUAACAGCCAUGAAGAUGAAAAUUGGUACAUGCCUGGGAUACCAAGGUUAGCGUCAACAUCGAACGAGUUGUAAUAGUUAUUUGGGCAAUCAGGGUUAUUAAAAAUUCACUAUGAAACUAUCUUUGGUAUUGGUUUGAUAUGAGGCCUAUAUGAGGCUUUCGCAAACAAGCAUUUCUGCGAACAAGCAGGCAGGAAACGUUUCUUGCUUGGCAGGGACAUCUUGCCCUUUCUCAAUUGGAUGACAUUUUCGCCUGAUCUGAUUGUUAAUUCUCCCUCUAGUUGCUAUAUUCGUUUUAAACUCCGUACGAGAACUUGGUGUAAAAUCAAGAAAACAGCUUCAACUUGAUAAGUUUAAGUAUUCCUGUUACCCAUUUGCUGGAUAAUGUAUGGAUGUUAUAGGGAGAGGUUACAUCUUAAUCGCAUUUGGGAGUUAAAGGGUUAAGGAAUGCAACUUAUUUUUUAACGAAGUCCCUUAAAAAAAAAAAAAAGCGAAAGGGAGUCUUUCAGAGGGUGAUAAUGCAAUAAGGCAGGCGGGACUUGACUAGCAAUAACCUUUCUAAUGAAACGAGAGUGAUCAAGAUAAUUUCAGGUAUGGUGAAUGUCAUUGUGUGUCCUCUUAUAGGGAAUUUGUGAUAGAGAUGUUACAGAAUUCAGAGGAAGGCUCAUUCUUUGUGCGCGACAGUCAAAGUAGACCAGGGUGCUUCGCUUUGACUAUGCGUGUUCCAAAGGAGGCAAAUCCUAGUGGUUUUGGAAACUUUCUGAUAGUGAAAGUGAAAGAUGGCGUCAUGAUACAGGUAAGGAGUGUUGGUUGUAGUUAAGGAAAAUACAACGAUAGUGUAUAAGUUACUCGCUCGCAUUUUCUACCGUUUGUUUCUGUUUCAGCUUCGUUCCCAAGGUGCAUAAGGUCGCUUCUUUUUUCCUCCCUUUAAAAAGGAGGCGAGGGAACCCCGAGGGUGAGAUUGUCUUGGUUGCUGUAGCUUGAAGCAAAAUAAGAGUGUAGAGUAAAGCACUGUUGGAGUUAAAACUGACAACGACCCGCCAGGGAAUCGACCUUGGAAACCCUCUUCUAAAGGCAUUCCAUAACAGUCCCUUUCACUUCACUGUUUCCCAGAAUUUAAAAAAUUUUCCACCUAGUAGGUGAACUAAUAUUUGGUUCUCCUUUCAACAGGGUUUUGAUAAAGUCUUACCGGACCUCACAGCUUUGGUUGAACACUACUCCCAACACGCUGAUGGCCUCCCCUGUAGUCUACUGAUUUCUGGUUCGAAUGUGUUAUGUGAAGAUGAAGAUUAUAUGAAUAUCGUCCCAGCAGACCCUGAUUAUCAGAGUUUAUCAGAUUUUACCGCAAUGAUGGCUGAAUUGAGUUGAGAGCAUUCCAAGUCUUAUUUAAAUGAGACAUGUAGCGGUUUGAAGAAUUGCGCUUAAAUUUUUCAAGGUCGUAAGUAGCAAUCGGAGUCAGUCUUUGCCAACCUUGAACUGGAACAUCGACAUUCCUUUUCAAAGUCUCCUUUUCUUUUCGACAUUUGUCCUCCCUAUAAAAUGAUUAUCUCAAUGUUUUAUUUGUGAUAUAAUUGGCAACAACUCAAAUAUUGUGACUUGACUACACAGUUGAUCUGGUAUUAACGGUCAUUAACCCUUUACACCCUAACAUCGGCAUGCAUAUUUUUCUUUACUGUUCUCUAGACAUUUUCGAAGAUGCCGACCAGGAGAAUUUGUCUAACAGACAAGAGCUUCUUUAGUCGUUAGUCAGUUCCUUUAUUCUCCCGACCUUGAUGUUUGAUUUAGGAGUUAUAUGGUAGGGAGAAAUUAGAUGCCAAUCACUCUUAGGGGUUAACGGGUCAAUCUUCAUUUGUCUUGUAUCUCUUAGUACAGUCUACAGACUCGAGGCAUCUAAAUUAUCUAAUGAAAUAAUCGGCGAUUCUACGAUUGAAAACAAAAUUACUAUGUCUAGUAGCCACAAAAACUACUCCAGGGAAUAUCGAGUUGUUAAUGGGGUUUGGAUAAUACUGUGUUUCAUAACGUUAUUAAUAUAUACAGGAAUGGGACCAAGGUUAAGUUAUUGU